AUGGAUCGUAUCACCAAACAGACGGUUACGCUCAUCCACGGCGACACAGGCUGCGGGAAGAGCUCGAGAGUACCACAAUUCAUAAUAGAGGCGGAUCCCAACGCCAAGAUCGUCGUAACCCAGCCAAGGAGGCUGGCAGCUAUCACGUUAGCCCACCGAGUGCGAGAUGAGCUCACAGCGUGUGGCAAGGAUGGUGCCUCCUUGGUCGGGUAUCGAAUAGGCGGAGGAGAGAGAAGCGAAUCGUCGGGCGCUGAAGAGCCUCGGAUUCUCUUCGUUACUACAGGCUAUCUCCUCCAGAGUCUCGUCCAAGACCCCAUACGACUGUAUACCAAGUGGACCCAUGUCAUACUGGACGAAGCACACGAGCGUGGUAUGGAUGUCGAUCUGGUGAUGUCUAUAGUACGACUGAUGAGAAGGCAGUCGGUGUCCCCUGACUUCAAGAUAGUCGUAAUGAGCGCAACUCUACAGGGCAAGGUGCUCGCUGAUUAUUUUCGGGAUCUCAAUGCUGGUGUCUCGGGUGGGUCGUUGAAGCCUAUAUACGUCGGUGUCAAACGAUUCGCAGUGGAGAGUUACUACCUCGAUGAUCUCUGGGGUCUGUCUCGGCCCCCUGACCCCUCAUCUACUACUGUAGCUGACACACUGAGAGCUCGGAGUUCAGUUUCAAAGAUACUAGCGAGUGAUGCAACCGAGGGAAUCAACAAGCUCACUAAACUUCAAGACUCGGCGAUCGAGGCCGUAGAGAGCAAGAUGGUCCCUGGUGGCACAAUGGGACUAGUGGAUCUCAAGGACAGUCUGGACCUCUGGGGUGACUCUUUGGGG